AUGCACCGUCCCUUCGCUCUUGCCAGCUUAGCGCUCUCUUUGAGCCAAGCUGCUGCCUUUGAGGGCAAUCUCAGACCCAAACCGGAGCUCAUUCCGAAUGCAUUUGUGGUUGAGCUUCGCGAUCCAAUGAGUCUCGGCCGCCGUUCGGACGAACACACCCAUGUGUCAUUCAAGCGUGCGCUCUCGUCCUUGACCUCCUUCGAUGUGCGAUACGAAUACACCAAUCAUGAACUUUUCUAUGGCAUCUCGAUGAACAUUCACAACAAUGAGUCUCUCGCUGUGUUGAAGUCCCUACCUGAAGUUAUCAACGUCUCCCCAGUCCAGUUCAUUCCACGGCCCCUUCUUGCUAUCGAUUAUGAAAGUCGCUCGGAGUCGUCCUCCUCGGUGCAUACUUCUCGUAAGCUAGCAAAGAGACAGCAGAUUCCCGAGAAUAACUUGGACUACAACGUUCCUCACACAAUGACUGGAGUUGACCGUGUGCACGCUGCUGGUAUCAAAGGAAAAGGAGUUAAGAUCGCCGUCUUGGACUCUGGUGUCGACUACUAUCAUCCUGCCCUCGGCGGCUGUUUCGGACCUGGAUGCAAGAUCUCGUUCGGAUAUGAUCUCGUUGGUGAUGAGUACGACGGAUACGGUACCCCAGUUGAAGAUGCAGAUCCUCUGGCUGCGUGUGUUGGGGGUGGACAUGGCAGUCACGUCUCAGGAAUCAUCACCAUGGAUUCAUCUUCCAACGAUACCUUCAAAGACAUGGUGGGCGUCGCACCUGAAGCAACAUUAGGUAUGUACCGCGUCUUCGGCUGCUCCGGCGGCGUUGGCAGCGACGUACUCGUGGCCGCAAUGAUGCGCGCCGCCAGCGAUGGAGCCCAGAUCAUCAGCAUGUCUAUCGGCGGUUUUUCCUCGGUCGGCAACUCGCCAAACGAUCCUUACCACGUCCUGAUCCAGAAGUUAACGGACAGUGGCAUUGCUGUCGUGGCUGCUGCGGGCAAUGACGGGGCCAACCUCCCCUUUGCAGUCAACGCGCCUGCCAACAGCCCUGCUGCCAUUGCAGUCGGCUCUAUCGAAAACACUCUUUUCCAGACGUUUGAGCUGAUUGAUUCAAAUGGCGAACUCAUUCGUUAUGGAAGUCUUUACCCCUUUCCCCUGAACCGCACGCUAAUGGCGGUGCACGUCGGCGAUGGGGGCGUCCAGGGCAACUUCGGAUGCCGGGCGGCGGACUAUGAUGCCAUUGCAAGCAAAGUCACUGGUUCGAAGGAGAACUACGUGAUCGUGGUUCGACGUGGACUUUGCGGUCUUUCCUUGAUUCAGGAUGUUGCAGCUACCGCAGGCUUCAACAACAUCCUGACAUAUCCUGAUAAGGACGUUCUUGACAAUCCAUUUUUGGAGGGAUUCAGUGCAACCUUGCCAAAUGCUGCGCGUAGCUUCGGUAUAACGACAAACAACAAGAUUCAGGUUGGAUCUCUGAAAGGCGGAUACUCUGUAACGUUUCAAACUGCUGUUCCCCAACUCACACGACAAGCGACCUGUGUGGGAUCCAGCCUCAAGCCUCAGAUCAGUGCCCCUGGCGGUCAAAUUCUGCCGACCUGGCCCCUUGCUGCAUCAGGAUGGGCGCUGGCUAGCGGCACCUCAAUGGCUACGCCGUACCUUUCUGGUGUUCUCGCACUCGUGAAGUCGCGAUUUCCGGAACAAUCAGUGACCGAGAUACUCAACCGUCUCCAGUCAACCUCAAAGCCGACAACUCGCGCCACCCGUAACGAUGUUUCGCCUCCUGUUCAUCAGGGAUCCGGCUUGGUCGACGCCUACAACGCGAUUUUCUAUCCUUCAUUCAUCUCGCCUGGCCAGUUUGAUCUCGGUCCCAAUGAGAUCGUCGCCCGGUCCAGCUACUCUAUCAAUAUUGCAAACCCGUCAGACAAAGCCACAAAGUAUACCCUAGGUCACACCCCAGCUCCUGGCAUGGCUCGCUACCCUAAUCCGGACGUCUCCGACCAGGUCGGAUUCUUCAGCAAUGUCUAUCAACGACUAGCCUCUCUCCCUUUCGCAGCAACUAUCAACUUCCCAGAAGGUUCAAUAGUCACUCUAGGUCCUGGUGAAAGCAAGACUAUUUCCGUGGAGAUCGUCCCGCCGCAAAACCUCCGAGCUUUCAUGAUCCCUUUCUACUCAGGCUUCAUCUCCAUCUCCUCUGACCAUAAUGAAAAGCUUUCUAUUCCGUACCAAGGGGCCGGGUAUAACUACACAGCUGCUCCAAGCUUGGGAACCGAUCCUGUGCCGUCUAACGUUCUCAUACCCGUUACCGAGUAUCCCGUGUUUGGAGCUCCACAGCUUGUCACGUCUGACGGCUUCGGUAUUCAUGACUACAUCAAAAUUGAUCCCGCCGAGCUGACCCUUUACUACGCCGGAAUGCAGCCUGUGCGGAUUGAGAGGCUGGACGUCGUUCGGGCUGACACAGACUUCGAGCCCACGUGGUAUGGAUUCAAUCAGAAUAGACCUCUGAACUACACCAAGACAGCGCAGCCUGUCAACGGCACAGUCGCCGGCGCCGAGUUAUUGGGCAACCUGUACGUUAACUACAACAAUGCGCCUGUGACUAGCUUGUUUGACUCCUGGCCUGUUCCAAGGUUGUGGGACGUCGAGACAGCGUCUGUCCCAAUACCUAUGUUGAAGGGCGGAUACAGACUACUGAUAUCUCACUUGAAGUAUGGUGCGGAUGAGACUAAGCCUGAGGACUGGUCUACCUGGAUGAGCGGUGUUAUCGAUGUUCCCGAAGAUUACUACCCAUAA